GAUACAGCAUAUUUCUGUUUUGGUGUGUUGUUUAUUGAAUUUCAGAAAAAAAAUCACAUUACUUUUCUAACCAAGUUUAGAGGUAAUAUAUGAAAUUGAGUAUUAAAUAGACAAGUGGACUUACUCAGAAGGCUUGGGCUACAGUUGGAGAGUAUCAGUUCUUGGGCACAUUGUUAGCAUUAACUUUAAUGCAUAUAGUGAGAAUGUCUUGGUUUGGAAGAAGGAGAGAGCAAGUUCAUUCUUCAUUUCUGAGACCAAAACUGCAAUGGAUUUAGUGGCAAGCCUAAGGAGAGUUCUGCUUUAUGUUCUUGUAUUGCAUCUUUUAAAUGACUUUACGGGGGUUUUAGUGAAAUAUACAAAAGUGUGCUUUUUUUUUUUUUUUUUUUAAAAAGGACCGUUCUGGCUAAAAUGUGUUUGUGGGGAAGUCUUUCAUUAAACUUCACGGUUAAAUAUCCAGCAGCUCAGAACCGUAGUAGCAUACAGCUGUAGUGCUUCUGAAAGAUAGAAAUCAGCUAUGUGUUUAAAAACUUUUGUACCCGGGAGAAUGGCUUGACUGGUUUCCUCUUUUCUUUCUCGCGUGUAGCAUUUGAAAUCUUUUAUUUCAGCAUAACAAUAAUUAUUUGAAGGAGUUUUUGUAUUUGCGACUAAUUUAGAACUUGUAGAUUUGAGCUGCCUGAAUUGGCCAGACAGCUGUAAUCGCACUCCUCUAUUCUUAAUCUCUUUAUCUGGGCAGCAGCUGCCAUAUGGCCACAGUCAGCUGGAUCAGAUGUUUAUAAGCUUCCUUCUUCGUCCCUCUCUGUCCUUUCAGCCUCCUAAUUUGAUCACAGCUACCUUGUGAGCUGCCCUCCAAUCUUUAUUUUUAGCCCUCUUAAGGAUUAGGAUUGAUGUUGGCUGUGGGGCACUUAAAGUGAUUGUAUUGUAAAUCUUCGUGCUUUACUCUAGCAAUGGUAUUUUACAGAAUGUAGUAGGGGUUGUGUUGUAAGUUUUUGUACAUCUUGGUUUGCGAGGGAUGAGGAUUUUUCAAUAAUAUCUGCCAGCCUAGAGAGCCACGAUCUGCUUAGAUGGUUUGGGAGAGCAUUGCUAUCAAUCACAGAAGAAUAGGUUAAGACAGGUUUUUAAAAGAUUUUACCUUCCAUUUGAGUUUUGACUUCUCUACUUCUUUAAGUUUAAUUUUUCUUUAUCAUCAAAGAAAGUGAAUAGAAAAAUACUUGGGUUAUGAAGACAGUAUGGAGUUUCCUGACCACAGUAGACAUUUGCUACAGUGUCUGAGUGAGCAGAGACAUCAGGGUUUUCUUUGUGAUUGCACUGUUCUGGUAGGAGAUGCCCAGUUCCGAGCGCACAGAGCUGUACUGGCUUCAUGCAGCAUGUAUUUCCACCUCUUUUACAAGGACCAGCUGGACAAAAGGGACAUUGUUCAUCUGAACAGCGACAUUGUUACAGCCCCAGCUUUCGCUCUCCUGCUUGAAUUCAUGUACGAAGGAAAGCUCCAGUUCAAAGACUUGCCCAUUGAAGACGUGCUAGCAGCUGCCAGUUAUCUCCACAUGUAUGAUAUUGUCAAAGUCUGCAAAAAGAAGCUGAAAGAGAAAGCAACCACGGAGGCAGACAGUACAAAAAAGGAGGAAGACGCCUCAAGUUGUUCAGACAAAGUGGAGAGCCUCUCCGACGGCAGCAGCCACAUGCCAGGAGACUUGCCCAGCGAUGAAGAUGACGGAGAAGAUGAAAAAUUGAACAUCCUGCCUAGCAAAAGGGACUUGGCGGCUGAGCCUGGGAACAUGUGGAUGAGAUUGCCCUCAGACUCAGCAGGCAUUCCCCAGACUGGCGGAGAGGCAGAGACGCACGCAGCAGCAGCUGGAAAAACAGUAGCCAGCCCCUGCAGCUCAACAGAGUCUUUGUCCCAGAGGUCUGUCACCUCCGUGAGGGAUUCAGCAGAUGUUGACUGCGUGCUGGACCUGUCUGUCAAGUCCAGCCUUUCAGGAGUUGAAAAUUUGAACAGUUCUUAUUUCUCUUCGCAGGACAUGCUUAGAAGCAGCCUGGUUCAGGUGAAGGUGGAGAAAGAGGCUUCCUGUGAUGAGAGUGAUGUUGGCACUAAUGACUAUGAUAUGGAACAUAGCACUGUGAAAGAAAGUGUGAGCACUAAUAACAGGGUACAGUACGAGCCGGCCCACCUGGCUCCGAUGAGGGAAGAUUCGGUCUUGAGGGAGCUAGAUAGAGAGGACAAGGCAAGCGAUGAUGAAAUGAUAACUCCAGAGAACGAGAGAGUCCAGGUGGAAGGAAACAUGGACAGCAGCUUGCUCCCUUACGUGUCAAACAUACUUAGCCCCGCUGGCCAAAUUUUCAUGUGUCCUCUCUGCAACAAGGUCUUUCCUAGCCCCCACAUCCUGCAGAUCCAUUUAAGCACGCACUUUCGAGAGCAGGACGGGAUCCGCAGCAAGCCUGCUACCGAUGUCAAUGUCCCGACCUGCUCGUUGUGUGGUAAGACUUUUUCUUGCAUGUACACCUUGAAACGUCAUGAGAGGACUCAUUCAGGUGAAAAGCCCUACACUUGCACCCAGUGUGGGAAGAGCUUCCAGUACUCCCACAACCUGAGCCGCCACGCAGUGGUUCACACGCGGGAGAAGCCUCAUGCUUGUAAGUGGUGUGAACGCAGGUUCACGCAGUCCGGAGACCUUUACAGACACAUUCGGAAGUUUCACUGUGAGUUGGUGAACUCAUUGUCUGUCAAAAGCGAAGCACUGAGCUUACCUACUGUCAGAGACUGGACCUUAGAAGAUAGCUCACAAGAACUUUGGAAAUAAAAUUUUUAUAUAUAUAAAUAAUAUAUAUAUAAAUCUAUAUAGUUGUGGUACAGUCUAAAAGCAAUCUUGUUUCCUUGAACUGAAAGUUUGGCUAUUAGCUUGUUUUUGCACUUUAAGGCAGCAUGAAUAUUUCACUAAUUUAGCACUCCGAUAAAAAUGAACUGUAGAGGUAAUCCGACAAAGUAACAAAUUACGGAGCGUAUUUUUCCCCCUUUUCGGAAUAGAAGCCAGCGGAUACUUUACUUCUAAGGAAUCUCCAAUUCAAAAAAUUUGGAUGUGGCUUUAUUCUCCCCAAAACACUGCGUUCUGUUAAGCUCUCGAUCUUUUUCCUCUUAAAAUCUGAAUGUAGAGAUCCUCUCCCAAUUUUGUCAGUUCCUUUACAUUUCUAUAAUUGCAUGAGUCCUUUCUAGCUGUUGGAAACCUGAAUGCUUUUAGACCCAAAUGGAAAAUUUCUGAAAUGCUGGAUUAUCUAUUUUUAAACAAGCGGUUGACUUAAAACUUAUUAUGGCAACUUCUGGAUUUCUGACAGUUCCCACUGGAAAAAAACAAAACAAAAAAACAACACAAAAACAUAAAAACCCUGAGAGUACACUGGGAUCACUGGGACUCUGUCUUACGUGAAGGUUUGCUUGGGAUGAAAAAGGAUAUUGCAGCUUCAGCAGUGAUGAACUGUGUGUUUAAAAAAUGUGAAUUACUGUUAUUGUAUACUGUAAUUGAUUACAUGGGCCGGGGGGAGGUAUCAAAGAACUUGGCAGGUUGUGUUGAUGCUCUUAGUUGAGUCUUGAAAAGUAAAUAUUAACGCUACAGAAAUGCAUGAUUUUCAGUAUAUUUUUGUCUUUGUUUGCAUUGUAUAACUUUAACGAGUGAGUUGAAAAUUAUUUAAUUUCCUUAGGAAAAAAAAACGACACCGUUGAAAAUGCCGGUGUUACGAAGAAGAGAAAUGCACUGUUUUUAUUUUAUCUAAUUUAAAUUUACUUUCCCACUGUCUUUAAGUUGAGAAGAACUUAAGCUACGAGUCGCCGAUUUAGCUACGUUAACAAGGAAAAAAAAAAAAAAUGAGUGUUUACAACCAGGCUUCGAGAUUUGCAUGUGCGGUGUGCAUUUACUAACCCCAGACCCCUUCUAAUUGCACAGACCCCACGCCAGCUCCAGCUGAGGUGCGUCCAUUUCCCCAGAUGAGCAUUUGUAGGAUUCCUGCUGCACCGCUCCACCACAAUAGGUCGUUCUUUUUUUCCCCCCCGUUGAAAAGAGGCUGUGGACUGAAAAAAAAGGAAAAAAAGCCCCGGGCUGAAAGGCCUGGGAAGGCCUGAGUGACAGGGGGGCCGGGGGAGGGCAGGGGAAGGACUAUGUGUAUCCAAGCAGCAGAGACUGCAGCCUGACGUGUGGUUUUAAUGACCAACACGCAGGUCAAAAGCAUUUUGCACAGUGUUUGUUUUCCUGUCUUGCACUUACAAAUAAGGUCUAUGGGAGUAGCAUGGAAAACGUUUGCUGUUUUUUCCUUUUUUUUUUUCUUUUUUUUUUUUUUCCUCUGCUUUUGUUUAAAAUUUGAUCGCCUUAACUACUGUAAACAUAGCCUAUUUUUGUGCUUAAGAUACUGAAUGGAAAACUCCAUUGUGUAUUGCUGGACUGUUUUGGAAAUAUUUGGUCAAAUGUGUGUUAAUUUGGCUGUAAUGGCAUUUAAAACAAAAAAAAAGCUGUGAAAAUGGCCUUGGAGCGUUAUCUUUAGUUACUUGAAUAGUUUCUAGGUUUUAAAACUACAUUCUUUUCUUAAGUUAGAGAAGACAAUCAGUGUCUGAGGAAAAUGGACUUUCUCUUGGAUUUUUUUGUGGUCCUCGUGAGUGAUUGCUUUUUUCCUUUCCUUAGUUUCACAUUCUUCUUUUGUUCUAAAACUUAGACUGACAUCUAGCUUUGACAAUCAUAGUAUGUUUUAUUUUCCUGAGGGGGGAAUAACUUAUAAUGCUGUUUAGUUUUGUACUAUUGGUGUGUUGGUGAAUUUUUAAACUGUGUGCUAACUGCAAUAAAUUAUAUGAACUGAGAAAUCAA